CACGCACGCGUCUUCAGCGACUCUUCUCUUUGACAGUACUCCGAAAACUUGAGUGUAACACCCAAAAAUAUGUCCGCAAACAUGUCAAAGACAAAAUCCAUUCUCCUAAUCAACGGCCCAAAUCUCAAUCUUCUUGGCACACGCGAACCCGCAAUCUACGGAUCCACCACCCUCUCAGACGUAAUCUCCUCCGCCACAGAACAAUGUGCCAAGCUCUCUAUACAAUUCUCACAUUCCCAAUCGAAUCAUGAAGGCGUGUUAGUAGACCGUAUACAUGAAGCGCGUGGCAGUGUCGACUUUAUCGUGAUCAACCCUGGAGCUUUCACGCACACGAGCGUGGCGCUACGAGAUGCUCUGAGCGGCGUGGAUAUACCGUUUGUCGAGGUUCAUAUCAGCAACAUUCACAAAAGAGAAGCGUUCAGACAUCAUAGUUACCUGAGUGACAAGGCGGAGGCGGUGAUCUGUGGGCUAGGUGUAUUUGGAUACGAGGCGGCUAUUGAGUAUGCUGCCAGGUUCCUCGAGAAAAAGGAGAAAGACGAUGAGAAAGCAAGGCUUUAGCGAUUUGGCUGAGUAGUAUUUGUGUACGAUCAAUAAAAUGGCUCCUAUACCAAUCACAUACGGCCC